ACCUAGGCCUACGGGGACCUACAAGAGAGCAAAGACUCAGAUUGAGACGAAGAUAACGAUGAUUGCGUACCUCUGAGGGCACCAAUCAAGCCUGUAGGCUGAAAUCAAUUGGACAAAUCUGGCGAGAUCGAUGGUCUGGGCCGUCUGGCACAUGAAACCUUUCCAAAGGCUGGAACUGGAUCUAACGUGGAUCGUACCUGGGUAGCUAUGGCCACGUGACCUGGUGCCCCUCGGCCCGCUGGAUGCUCCGACAAAAUUUCACUUGCAACCCUUUGCCCGAAGUUCCAUAUCAACUGAUUUGAUAGAAGAACUCGAGGGCCACUUCCGGAGGAGAGGGGAAAAAAGGAAAAGAAAGACAGCAAUUCCUCAAUUUGAGAAGUCCCCAUCCCUUUCCCUCUCUCUCUUAGAGGUGACAUUCUUCUUCAUCCUAACUCCAAGCCAAUCGAAUCGGCGGCACUUCCCACAAAGCGGAAAUGGAGUCUCGACCCCUCUUGCAGCCUCUGCUGCGCUCCAUCAACGCGGCACCUGUCUCGACGAGCACAAGAGCGGCAGUAACAAUAGCUUCUAUACCACGACGGUACCAGUCCUCGACGGCCCGGACAAAGCGCGCCCUGAAAAUCGCGCCUCACCCCUCUUUCUUCCCCCCCGACUUUGCCUCCAGCAGCGAAUCUUCCACCCAGCUGAUCUACAACCCGCCGUCCUCCGCGCCCUCCGUCUACCACACGCCCUUCAAAUUCCUGCCCCCCAGCGACCCGCGGCGGAAAGCCAACCUCGCCCAGCUCCUGCGGCCCUCCGCGGAUGACGCCGCCCCGUCCAAAUCCGCCGCCCUGCCCCCGGAGCUCAAGGACCGCGAGCGCAAGUACAACGUGACGGAGGAGCAGGUCGAGGAGAUGCGCAUGCUGCGGGCGACCGACCCGGAGCGCUGGAGCGUCCUCCGCCUCGCCGAGCGCUACGGCUGCGCCCCUUACUUCAUCCUCAUGUGCUGCCGCGCGCCCGAAGACCACCGCCAGCGCGAGCGCGAGCGCCUCGAGGGCGUCAAGGCCCGCUGGGGCGCCAUCCGCGCCGCCGCCCGGGAGGAGCGCAAGAAGCGCAAGGACAUGCUGCACAAGGGCCUGUUAUAGACGAUCGCAGGGUUGGUCG